AUGAGAAAAAAAAAAAAUACAGGAGUUAAAAGAAAAAGUUAUGGUAAAGGGAACGAAUCAGAUGCAAGCAUCUUAAAGGGUGUUGAGCAGCAUAUCUCAAAGGAAAAAGUAGAAGCAGUAGUAGCAGAAACAGAAGAAGAAGCAGAGGAAGACGUAGAGGAAGAAGGAGAAGUAGAAGCAGAUGUAGAUGAUGGAAAUGAACUGGGUGAAGAGGAAGGAGAAAAUGAAGAGGAAAACGAUGAAGAAGAACAAGAUGAAGAUUACGAAUUAAAAAAUUACGGUAUAGCGCUUAAAAUGCCUAAAAGAAAGAACAGAGGAAAAAAUUUGAAAAAGUUGAUUGGUGAAGAUUUAGAAAAAGAUGAACAGUUUUGGAAUAAUAGUAUUUGGGAAGAAGAAGAAAUAGACGAAGAAUAUGUUAAUUCGGAGGGAGAAGAAGAAUAUAUUGAUAUUACAGACUCUGACUUUGAUGAGGAUGAAGAUGAAGCAGAAGAUGAUAUGGAAGAAGAAGAUACUGAAAAGAAUGAAAAGGAAUUAGAAGAUGAUCUUGAAAAAAAGAAAAAAAAAAAAAUGUACGCAUAUUUAGAAAAGCUAAAAAAACAGAAGCAAAAUAAUAUGGCAAGAUAUAAUAUAAUGAAAAAUAGAAAAUAUGAUACAAAUAACUUGAAAAGAGGAAUACAAAAAUAUGGGGCAGACCAAAAAUCAGAAAAGGAAAGAAAAGAGGAGCAAGAAAAAUUAAAAAAUGAGAGAAUGUUAAAAAAAAAAAAAAAAUUAGAAAAUGCAUAUUUAAUGUUACAUAGAUCUACAAGAGACACAACAAGACAAAAAACAGAACAAGUGAAAAAGCUUUCUGAAUUGAGAAAAAUAAAAAAAGAAAAUCGUUUCAAAAAAUUCUAUGAAAAUAGAAAAAAAAAAAAAAGUAUGCAAAGAGAAAUGACAAGAGAAGAAAGAUUAGAAGAAGCAAAAAUAACUGAGCAGUACAAUAUACAAUCACUUCUACAAUUACAAGCAUGGGAGGAAGAAAAGAAAAAAUAUGUUGAAAAUAAAAAAAUUCUAUAUCAUAGACCCAAAAAUGUUUUUAUUAGUUUUUCAUAUUCAAAAGAUAAAACAUUUCCUUCCAAUGAAAAUUUGAAAUAUGAAGUAGAUCCCUACAGUAUAAAUAAUGACACAGUACUAGCAAAUGAUACCCUCUCUGGAAAUGCUGUACUGUCAUCUAAUAUAAACAUGUUGGAAGCUUUGCAAAACGAAAAAAUUGUUGUUGGAGGUAAUAAUGAUGCAAAUAAAAUAGAGAAACAUGGACAUGAUAUACUGCAUCAAAUGGGGGAUGAUGAACUUGCUAAAAAGGAAAUAGAAAAUAUGACAUGUGACCAAGCCGAUACAUCAAAAAUAAUGAAUCAAAAAAGAGAAAAUGAAAAUGAUAAAACAGUCAUAGGAAAUGCCAUUGAUACUAAUAGUAGUGACAAUAGAAAGGAAGAAAGUUCAAUUACAAAUUACCAAUUUAACUGGGAAAAUAUAGAUCAGUGUGAAGAUUUAAAUAUAGACUAUUUAAAUGAAAAUGACGCAUUAAAUUUUGGUUUCCUAAAUAAGGUUAAUAAAAGCAAUAAUAACAAUAGCAGCAGUAACAACAAUAGUAACCAUAAUAGAAAUAGUAACAUUAACAAUGACAGCAGUAAUAACAACAGUGGUAAACGUUUAGGCAGAUGUACCUCUAACGAAUCAGACAAAAAAAGAAAAGUGAAUCCCCCUGUUGUGGAAGAGAGACAAAUAUAUAUUGUUACUGAUUCUAGGGAAUUAGAAAUGUAUAGUAAUUACAAUAAUAAUAAGGACUAUUUGAACCAAAUAAAAAAUAAAAAUAACUUAUGUGCAAUUACAAAUUUAGAAGGAAAAUAUUUUGAUCCAUUAACGAAAAAAUAUUAUAAUAAUGCUGAAGCGUUUAAGUCACUACGGUUUUCGUAUCAUAAGGAAAAGUAUGAUUCUAUUAACAAACAAAUAUCUCUCAUGGUUAAUCUUUUUAAAAGUAAGCUAACUGAAAUAGAGGAAAACACAAAAAAUGCAACUUAUGAUAACAUUUAA